AUGUUCUACACUAAUACAACAAGGAUAAAAAAUUUCUUCAUCCUUGGAUUUCCUGGACUUUUACCAGAGUAUUAUGGACCUGUGUCAGGCCUGCUUUUUGUGCUCUUCUUAGCUAUAGUGGUGGGAAAUAUUUUCAUUUUACUGUUUGUUAAAUGUGAAAGGCCUCUCCACAAACCGACAUAUCUGAUCUUUUGCCACUUGGCAUUAACUGAUUUAGCAUUUGGGACUGUUACUCUACCAAAGAUUAUAUCAAAAUAUUGGUUUGAUGACAGCAUUAUUUCAUUUUAUGGUUGCUUUGCCCAAAUGUAUUUUGUACAUUUUCUAGGGGCAACUCAUUCUUUCAUUUUGAUGGUGAUGGCUCUUGAUCGUUUUAUUGCAAUUUGUGCUCCACUGCGUUACACAGUUCUUUUCACAAACGCCACUGUUUCUGUGCUUUGUGGAAUAUCAUGGUUUAUGCCAAUGUCAUGGAUGGUGGGUAUUGUUUUUGAUGCUUUUACAUUGCCAUUUUGUAAUUCAAACAUAAUUGUGCAGUGCUAUUGUGACCACAUUGCUAUAACAGCACUUGGAUGUGAGAAUGUACUAAAAGUUCAGAUUGUUGCUUUUGGUCUUGCCAUGUUGAGUUUGUUGUUGCCCCUGGGUUUUAUUAUCUUUUCUUACUUUGUCAUCAUUAUUGCUGUUAUAAGAAUGUCUAGCUCUGAGGGACGCAUCAGGACUCUGUCUACCUGUGCACCACAGCUUCUUAUCACGUGUCUGUAUUAUAUGCCAAGAUGCUUUGUGUACUUGGCAAAUAAUGUGGGAUUCACUUUCAGCAUUCCAGUUCGCAUUGUUGUUGUAAUGCUGUACAGUCUUUUACCUGCUGCUGUCAACCCCAUUAUUUACUGUUUUAAAACAAAGGAUAUCAAAGAAAACUUAAAAAAGAAAUUGAAAUACUGCACACAUCCAAAGCAGGAAAACGUUUUCACCAUUGCUGAACAAGGAGAGGACAUGCCAGAUCCCAUCAGCCACUGA